AUGGGUUCGGUGCACAGCGAGGUUUUUACAGUUUCAGACGCAACAACUAUCAACACAACUUCAGGGGUCGGGGGAGGAGCUCGCGAGGAUUCUAUCGCCAACAGCCCUUCAACCCAGCAACAUCCAGUUAGAGCAGCAAGGUAUGUAUGUGAGUCCUUUCUUCUUAGCAGGACGUGUAAAACAUUAUUCCCAAAACUGGGCAUUGAUAAGCAACGACCCAUGGGUUAUAGAGACAGUUCAGGGAUAUCAUAUCGAUCUUUUGCAGGUCCCAGUUCAGCAUGCCCUGCCCUUGCUACCUGUUCACAGCAGAGAACAGAGUGCUCUAAUCGACUUAGAGGUCAAUCAAAUGCUCGAAAAAGCAGCUAUCCACAUAGUCCACCCACACGAGAAAGAGCAAGGUUUUAUAAGUGCUCUUUUUCUAGUCCCAAAGAAGGGGGGUGGCCAACGUCCAGUAGUAAAUUUACGUCCUCCAAACCAGUACAUCCCUUACGAACAUUUCAUGAUGGAAGGGAUACACAUGCUCAGGGACCUUCUAAGGAAGGACGAUUACAUGGUGAAAGUAGACCUAAAAGAUGCAUAUUUUACGAUACCGGUUUGGAAAAACCGUCAGAAAUUCCUUCGGUUUAUUUGGAAGGAAACAAUGUACGAGUUUGCAUGCCUACCUUUCGGACUGUCAAGUGCCCCACGGGUGUUCACAAAGUUAAUGAAACCGGUGGUUGCCCAAUUAAGGAAACAGGGUAUUCGUCUUAUUAUAUACCUGGACGACAUACUUAUUAUGACCGAGACAGAAACUCUAGCCAAUCAACAUGCACAGACAACUUGCAAUCUUCUGGAGGCUCUAGGGUUUGUGAUAAACUAUCAGAAAUCCAACCUCACCCCAUCCAAAAAGAUGGAAUUUCUGGGAUUUUUAGUCGAUUCCCAAGCACUGACCCUUGCUCUUCCUCGCGACAAAAUUUGAAGAGUAAAGAAAGAGUGUCAGAAUCUCCUGGAUUUGCAGGUUGUCACAGUGCGAGAACUGGCCAAGGUUCUCGGUCAUCUCACUUCUACUAUCCAGGAUGUCUUUCCAGCCCCCCUACACUUCCGCCACUUACAGGAAUGCAAAAACAAAGCUCUAGGGUUAAGUCAUACGUACGAACACCCCUUCAAGUUGACCAUACAGGCCAAAGAGGAGCUGGUGUGGUGGAGAGACAACCUGGAUGCUUGGAUUGGAAAAGCCCUGGUUACAGGGAGACCAGACCUGGUUAUAGAGACCGAUGCCUCCCAAAUGGGUUGGGGAGCAUUUUGCAUGGGAACGUCCACAGGGGGGCAGUGGUCCCAAGCAGAAUCCUCUCUCCACAUCAAUUGUUUGGAACUUCUGGCCGGGGCCUCACGAUUGGAAGCUAGACCCGCAGGUGUUUUCCACAAUAAAUCAGUUGUGAGGCCCACUAGAGGUAGACCUCUUUGCUUCCCGGUUGACAACCCAGCUCCCAAGAUUUUACAGCUGGAGACCCGAUCCACAGGCAGAGGCCUCAGAUGCAUUUACCCAGGACUGGAGCAAGGUGAGGGGAUAUGCCUUCCCUCCAUUUGCUCUAGUGGCAGAUGCCUCAAGAAACUAUCAGACCAGAGUGUCCCGUUUCUAGUACUGAUAGCACCUCUUUGGCAAUCCCAGCCGUGGUAUCCACUUCCCUACAGAGUUGUAUAGCGGCACCAAUUCUACUGCCCCACUAUCAAGGCCUCUUAACACGCCAGAUGGAGAUGCAUCCAUUACACAAUCUCCAACUAGCAGGUUGGCUGCUAUCAGCCAAUCAUACACUCAAGCAGGCAUUUCACAACCAGCUCAAGAAUUGUUGCUGGUAGCAUGGCGCAAAGGCACAGCAACUACCUAUGCUUCCGCUUGGAGAAAGUGGGAUAGCUGGUGUUGUGAGCGGGAAAUUAGUUCAGUUCAUGCCCCAAUAGAAGCAAUUAUUGAGUUUUAA